GACGUCCAAGUUCCAACCCACACCUCAGUAUCUAUCCAUAACCACGCGUCUUGACAUUGCUUGUUACUCAUAGAAGAUUCCAAUGCUUAUGCGCUCGCCUAUUCAAUAAAGGAGGUUACAGUUGCCACGAUUCGAGAUGGACUAUACCGAAGAGGAGAAUUCCUAUCGCCCUUCUCAACUCAAGCCUCCUGGAAGUCGAAUCCCCUCUCCGCCGAAAAUGGGUCUGGCAGAGAUCUCUGAAUCGCAAAACAAUGCGCGAUCAAGGAUGAUCUCGAAAAUGCCCCCUCCGUCGUCUUUGAAGCAUAAACUGGGAGGAACAUAUAACGAACCAGAACCAAAGCGAAAGACAUUGGCGGAAAGAGCAGGAGAGGUUGGGUCAAGGUCCAUCGCAGCUCCCACGACGAGCGCGAGACCUGCUGUGAAGGGAACAUCACUUGUUGGUGCAGGAAAAUCUAUGCACAGUCGAAACCCCUCGUUUACAUCCUCCGCCAGUUCACGAGCUCCAUCAGUAUCGUCCCGAAAUACAUCGAAUAGCAGUUUUUCCAGCAGUGUUGGCCCCAAUGGACGGCCAAAAUCAUCCUACGGCGGCAGAUCGCAGUUAAGCCAGUCAACGACAACAAGAUCGACUGCUCUACCUAGACCAGCAACAUCCAUGGACACACAUUCGUCGGAUGAUGAUCUACCAUCACAAGGAAGGCGCAAGGCAUGGGACGUCGAUGUGCGUAUUGAGCGCAUGGAGGGAAUGUUCUCGGAGAUGCAGAACAAGGUUACGAACACCAGCCUAGAGCGGAGUGUCCUUGAAGAAGCUAUUGCUCUCUACAAGGAACGAAUCAACGAGCUAGAUGGUUUGAGAACACAACUCUCCUCUGCAAACAUGAUAUUACAAUCAGACUUGAAUAAGAUGAAAUUGAAGGUAGAGACCCUUCAACAAAAUCUAAUGACAGCAAAUGCCGGACUCGAUGAGCAGAUGCGAACACACCGAAUUGAGCUGGAUGACGCGAAAAGGGAGAAUCGGAUCGGAAUUGACCAGAUGAAGCGAGACAACACAGACGAGAUGGACCGAUUGCUUCGAAAGCACAGAGAUGAACUGCGGGAAAUGGAGCGUCAAGCCACUGUAGAAUUGGAGGACAGAAUCCGGGACCUUGAGCGACGUAACAAUGCAACUCUCGAAGAAGAACGCAGUCGGAGGCUGCGCGAAGUUCAAGAAUUGGAGUCUCGAAUCGCAUCUGAAAGUGUCAAUCUGGAUCUGGAAUUGCAAAAGAAAGACCGCGAAAUCCAGAAUAUGAGGGGUGAGCUGGAGGAUGUUAAAGGGGACCUCGAUCGAGAGCAAACACUAAAGGCAAAUGCACAGAGCGAGAUUGCCACGAUGAGAGAGACUCUUCAAAAGACUGGAGUCGAAUCGGCCUCGACUAUCCACACGCUUGAAAGUACUGUUGCAAGUCUUCGUGCCCGGAUACAUUUCCUAGAAUCUGGAUCCAAGGCGCAGUCCGACAGUUUCGUUGAGAUGGAGAGAAGGUUGCAAGAGGCAUUAGAUUCUGCUGAGGAGUCAAAGCGGAAGCUGAUUAAAGAAGAGUCUCUGCGCCGUAUACUUUUCAAUCAGGUUCAGGAGCUCAAAGGCAAUAUUCGGGUUAUGUGCAGAGUGCGGCCGGUCUUCAGUAACAACGUGGAUGAAGGACCAGUUGCGAAGUUAACGUAUCCUGACCUGGACAAGGAAUCAAAGGAGCUCGAGAUUCAAGGGAAGGAAGAGAAGAGCAGCUUGGGAACGAUUACCCGGAAAAAUCACUCAUUUUCCUUUGACAGAGUCUUUGGACCUGACAGCCAGAACCAAGAAGUCUUCGAAGAAAUCUCACAGCUUGUCCAGAGCGCCCUCGAUGGAUAUAAUGUCUGCAUAUUCUGUUAUGGCCAGACUGGGUCUGGGAAAACACACACGAUGUCAUCUGCCGACGGCAUGAUUCCUCGGGCAACUCAUCAAAUAUACGAGACUGCAACGAAUCUCAAGGAGAAGGGGUGGACGUACACCAUGGAAGGGAGCUUUGUGGAAGUUUACAACGAGGAGAUCCACGAUCUUCUUAGCUGCUCGAAGGAUUUUGACAAGAAGAAGCAUGAGAUCCGACACGAUGAGCAGAGAAAGCAAACCACCAUUACUGGACUUAAGACUGUGCCAUUAGACUCUGCGGAUACGGUCGAGUCGAUGCUGAAGCAGGCUGCCAACAACAGAAGUGUUGCCGCUACCAAGUCCAACGAGAGAUCUUCGAGAUCUCACUCAGUCUUCAUUCUAAAGCUUGUUGGGCGGAACAGCACUACGAACGAGACCUCUGAAGGCACGCUCAAUCUUGUCGACUUGGCUGGUUCCGAGAGACUGAAGCAAUCCGGCGCAGAAGGAGAUAGAAUGAAGGAGACCCAGAACAUCAACAAGAGUUUGAGUUGCCUUGGGGAUGUUAUCGGAGCAUUGGGUCAGGGCAAGGAAGGUGGCCAUAUUCCAUACAGAAACUCAAAGUUGACUUACCUACUCCAAUACUCGUUGGGUGGUAACUCUAAGACACUUAUGUUUGUGAUGGCUAGUCCUUUGGAAGCCCAUCUAAGUGAGACUCUGACGAGUCUGAAAUUUGCGACGAAAGUACACAACACACAUAUCGGAACGGCGAAAAAAUCCACCAAGGUCCGCAGCAGCGAUUGAUGAGAGCCACGGCAUUGUUUGACUAUCAUUUUGGCGUCUGUGCAUUCACUGGGGUUUUAUUAUUCGUCCAGAUCAACGACUUUGUGGGUUCUGAGGGUGGCGUGGAGUAUUAUUGUUUUUGAUAAUGG